UUGAAAUGCCGUGCCUAAACCUCAUCACUUCAAUUUUAUCAUUCGUGAAAACUCUAAAAGCUAUGCAGAUUAAUAUCGCUCUGGUCCUAGUAUUAUCCUGUCUAGUGCAAGUGUCUCAGCCUCAAGUGAAAAAUGUGUGCAAAUUAAGUGGCUAUGCAACUAGAUCUUCAUUUGUGUGGCAAAAUUCACUGGGGGACAUUUCCAAUCAAUUAAAGUGCUUCUCGGAUUGUCUGGAACAGUCGACUGCUGGAGGAAAAGUAAAGCGAGACUUCAGCAAAUUGCAGUUUUUGUUUGAAAGAGUAUACUCUUCAAGAAGAAUUUCCAUCAACUGUGAUUUGAACCCGAGGUAUUUCACCCCUUACUGUAGAUUAUUACUGAAGCAAUCAGCGAUCCCUCAAAUGGGAACGAGGCGAUAUUUUUACUCUGCCACCUUAGAAAUGAAUUACUUCGAAGCACAAAAAUUCUGCCGCACCAAGAAUCUAUUUUUAGUCGUAACAGACAUCAAGUCAAAAGAACUGGAGAUAUUGUCUCUUUUGGCAUCCACUGGUACUCUUGACACGACUGGGAAAAUUCGUUUCUGGGGUGACUCGCGUGCCGUAAAUGGGACGUACUUAUUAACGGGCAAAACCUCUGUAGCCAUGUGUUCGGCAUUCUCUGUGAGUAAAACAGGUGAUUUGUUCAAGUAUGACGAGCCGUGUAAGACGAAGCAGAAGUUUAUCUGCGACGUGCCGGCUCAGUGCUACGCGGAGUUCUGCACCUCUGGCACCGGAGUGAUCGGCAAACCGGGCGAGACAGUGCCUAUUGCAGAUUCGUAUUGCACAGCGCCAACCUGUCCAAAAUGCACAGCGACUAUUGCAUCCAGCCCUCCAGUGGAUGGGAAGAUAAAAACUUAUUGCGGCAAGAAUUUUUUCGUGUCAGCGUCAAAGGCUACAUUUGACGAAGCAGCAUCCAUUUGCUGCUUGAUGAAAAUGGACUUGCUGAGCAUUGAAUCAGAGUCAGAAGAAAAUUGUGUCACCGAUCUGUUGAGCGACAAUGAAAUCAAGAGCACGUCGACCCCUGAAUUCUGGACCUCUGCCUCAAGUCGCGGAUGCCCAAGUCGAUUUUCGUGGUGCUCGUCUCGGGUUUCGCCGGUGCCAAAGUGGCUGUGGGCUGACGGUGAGCCAAGCAAGAAGGAGUGUGUAAUUACUUUCUUGACGCAGCCUAGCGAUGGUGCGACAUACUCAGAAGCCGCCCUCAAAACCAGAGACUGCACGCAGGCCACGCGAUUUAUUUGCAGCGAGCAAGCUCCUUCUCUUUACGAAACAGUUAAUAGCUCUUGCACGCAAGAGUGCUUUUCUGGCAAGUGCACUUCCAAAGCUAUAGCUGGCAGCUUUAAUUUCCGAGUCGCAAGUCCAAUAGCCACUGGCACCAUCAAAUCGGUCUGCGGAUCCAAUUAUUACAUCGGGAAAUCCACGAGAAACUGGUUCGAAUCGGAAGGUGCUUGUUGUGAGGAUAGAAUGGAAUUAGCUGCGGUCACAGACGAAAAUGAAAUGGAUUGCCUACGGGAGCUAAUAAUAUCGCUUAGUGAAAACUGGCGAACUGGUCCAUUCUGGGUGGGCGGCACUGACGUCAAAUGUCCGCUCAACUUCGCAUGGUGCGGAGCAUACUUGGGUCGACAACCUCUGUCACUUCGGUUCAAUCGAACAAUGAAACACAACAAUCGCAGGGGCAACAGCUGCAUAGCCGUCGACCUGAAUCCAGCCAAAACUGGUCUGGUAGCGAUGAAGUGCGAUUCAAUGUUAAGAUACCUCUGCAAGGAUGUACGUACCUGUUUGCCUGAGUGUCCAAAUCAGUGUCCAAUUAUAAAAUCUGCUGCGAUGAAGAAUAAAAUACAGAAAUCUCGAGUGAAACGGAAUGCUCCUGCAGACGAUGAAGAAGAUGGUGAUGAGGAAGAAAAACCAGGUCAAAACCAGGACAAGACCAGCCCCAAAGCGACUGAUAAAGACACCAGCAACUCUCAGCCUAAAAUAACAUCUGCGGCCAAGACGUUUAGUUUUACUUCAAUCAGUGCUUGCGGUCGUUCAUAUAUUUUAAGUGAUGCAGCAAGUUCUUUUACGGAUGCAUACGCACACUGCUGUUCAAAAAAUAUGCGCCUGCUCUCGCUGGACACCAGGAACGAAGGAGAUUGUCUUUUUGAGCCAAUAAGAACCCGAGCCCCCGCAAAUGCCAUCAACGUUGCCUACUGGACGUCAGGCACCGACAACAACUGCAAGGGAUACUAUGUGUGGUGCGGGACCGGAGAGUAUUUCAGUGCACUUGAACUCCGCAGAGCUAAUCCAUCGGCUAUUGACGGAAAAGACUGCCUCGUCUAUGAAGUUGACGUAAAAAAGAAAGCUUACGUCAUUAGGGAUGAUCCUUGUAACAUGGAGUACAAGUUUGUAUGCGAGCCAGCAAACUGAAUUUGAGAAUUCUGUCCUUUAAGAAUUGCACAGUUUAGUUGAUUGACUGGUCGAUUUUUUAAUUCAUCUUGUAAGAAAACACAAUAUUGCCCUCCUUCGGGCAGCUGACGAACGUGAGAAAGCUUUGUGGUGACACGUAGUAACAUUUUAAACAUUAUCAUAAUCAUUGUUAUUUUUCAACCUUUUGAAUUGUAUUUAAAAAUUAAUGAAUACACACAGUUAGAGGGCUGAUAAUUUAUUUUAUUUUUUAUUA